ACGGACAGACGGGGCCCGGAGAGCGAGGGAGAGGACGAGAGGAAUGGACGAGUCGUAUCAGGGAAUAAKAAUACGGCUGGAUUCAUUUAUAUCCAAACCUUACAAUUAGCAACACUGCAGAUGCCAUCUGUCUCGCAUCGGUUUAUUUAGGCUACAAUAAUCUCGUUUAUUUCAGCGAUUCCUUCAAGGAGACCGAGCGGAGCCACCGGGCUGCCGGUACCGUAGAGGGGAGUACAAUGACAACCUGGUGAAUGUAACCGAUGAUAUUUAUCUAACCAGACCGAACGGAAUAAAACCGUGAAUAGCCUAAAGGACCGGGGUGUGCAUCCCCAACCCGGGAGUGAUGAGAAGAACAGACAGGACUGUGUUUCUGCUGCUGUCGCCUGUCAAAUGCAUUAUUUCUGUGUGUCGUGGACUGAUCAUUUGUUGAUCCAUCAACCCCCUCCCGUCCUCUACAUAUUCUCCACCGGUAUCGUCGGAGUGUUGUAAUAUGGAUCGCUCCAAUGGCUCUGGGACAAGCGAACCCACCAAACCGCCAAACCACCAGUUGGAGAAGAAACGGUUAAACCGAGCACCGUCUCCGGCCAGGCCGUUCCUGAAGGAUGCCCGCUCCUCGCCCAAACCAGCGGCUAUCGUACCAAAAUCUCCCAAACUAACCAAGCAGCAGCACUCCUCUUCCUCAGUGGCCGUAUCAUCCACUCAAAGCCGCAUCUCCAGGCGCACCCCAACCGGAGCGAAGGAUAACAAACCAGCCGCGGUGAAAAGUCACAGCACCAAGUCUUCGACAGUCACGAAGAAGACGGUUAAGGUCAUUCAACAUGCGGCGCUGGAACCUAAACAGACCACUGCAAGCGCCAGCAAAGCGACCCCGGACAGCAGCACCAGCAGUCCACACCUCGCCCUCAAAGCCAAGAAGAGUAAAAUAGCCACUCUGACCGCGUCUCACCACGGCCCGCUCAGCCUUGGCUCCCCAAUCCGCGUCCCAACCGGCGCUACCCCCCUCGGCAGCAGGGUCAGUCAGACCGACAGUAGCUCCGAUCUCUCUGACUGUCCCUCCGAACCCCUAUCCGACGAACAGCGCCUGGCCGCGGCUGCAAGCAGCGACGGGGAGUCGGGGGGCUCCGGGUUCAGCGACAGGGAUCAGGUGGAUUAUCCUGUGCAGGCGGCAGCAUCAGCGUCAGACGCGGCCAGAGCGGCAGGGGCUACUGCCGGUAGUGGUGUUGGUUCGUUGCGCACCGCGGAGGGUAGCCCUGCGGCUGCAGGGAAAGGCGGUGUGUCUCAGGCUCCAGGACCAGGUGCUCACGGAGGAGCGGGGAGUAAACAGGAGAAAGCAACGACAAGCGCAAAAUUGAUAAAACUGGAAUGCAGCAAGGAGGUAAUCGAGGAGGAUUUAUUGCGGGAAAUAGAAGAUCUCCGCUCUGAAAACGAGUACCUCAAGGAUGAAGUGGAGGAGCUGCGUGCGGAGAUGGAGGAAGUCCGGGACAGUUACCUGGAAGAGGAGGUGUACCAGGUGCAGGAGUUACGCAGGGAGCUGGACCGCUCCAAUAAAAACUGUCGGAUUCUACAGUACCGUCUCCGUAAGGUGGAGCAGAAGAGCCUCAGAGUGGCCCAGACUGGACAUGUAGAUGGAGAGCUGCUACGCAACCUGGAACAGGACCUCAAGGUUGGAGCCUUCGUCAACAACACAUACCUUGUGGUCCUGUUCCAGGUUGGACCACUCGUCAACAACACAUACCUUGUGGUCUCUGUUCCACGGUUGGGCCACUCGUCAACAACAAAUACCUGUGGUCCUGUUCCAGUUGGGCCACUCGUCAACAACACAUACCUUGUGGUCCUGUUCCAGGUGGACCACUCAGUCAACAAACGAGUACCUUGA